AUGCUGGAUACAGUGGAGAGCACCUUGAUGCUCAUAGCAGCCGGAGAAUUUGCAAUGGGGAUUUUAGGGAAUGCAUUCAUUGGAUUGGUAAACUGCAUGAACUGGAUCAAGAAUAGGAAGCUUGCCUCCAUUGACUUAAUCCUCACAAGUCUGGCCAUAUCCAGAAUUUGUCUAUUAUGUAUCAUACUAUUAGACUAUUUUAUACUGGGGCUGUAUCCAGAUGUCUACACUACCGGUAAAAAAAUGAGAAUCAUUGACUUCUUCUGGACGCUCACCAACCACCUAAAUGUCUGGUUUGCCACCUGCCUCAGCAUUUUCUAUUUCCUCAAGAUCGCGAAUUUCUUCCAUCCCCUUUUCCUCUGGAUGAAGUGGAAAAUUGACAGUGCGAUUCCUAGGAUCCUGCUGGGAUGCUUGGCCUUCUCUGUGUUUAUUAGCCUUGUUGUCUCUGAGAAUCUGAACGAUGAUUUCAGGUCUUGUGUUAAGGUAAAGAAGAAAACAAACAUAACUGUGAAAUGCAGAGUAAAUAAAGCCCAAUAUGCUUCCGUCAAGAUUUGCCUCAACCUGUUGACGCUAUUCCCCUUUUCCGUGUCCGUGAUCUCAUUUCUCCUCUUGCUCCUCUCCCUGUGGAGACAUACCAGGCAGAUGAAGGUCAGUGCCACGGGGUGCAGGGACCCCAGCAUAGAAGCCCAUGUGGGAGCCAUGAAAGCUGUCAUCUCCUUCCUCCUCCUUUUCAUUGCUUACUAUUUGGCCUUUCUUGUAGCCACCUCCAGCUACUUUAUGCCAGAGACUGAAUUAGCUGUGAUGAUUGGUGAGUUGAUAGCUCUCAUCUAUCCAAGCCAUUCAUUGAUUCUAAUUCUGGGGAACAAUAAAUUACGGCAGGCGUCUCUAAGGGUGCUGUGGAAAGUAAAGUGUAUCCUAAAAAGAAGAAAUCACUAA